GGAGGUGUUAGUGCUUCCUUUUGCAGCCGGAGGAGCUGUGCUGGAGGUCCGGAGCUGCCACAGUGUGGGCUAAAAAGUCGACCAUGGCACCCAGCUUGCAAACAGACGAUGUUGUGUCUGGUGUUCGUAAAGGGAUUCGAGCCAUCCUGCUGGGGCCCCCCGGCGCGGGGAAAGGGACUCAGGCUCCCAAGCUGGCAGAGAAGUUCUGUGUGUGUCAUCUGGCCACUGGGGACAUGCUGAGAGCGAUGGUGGCGUCUGGUUCUGAAUUAGGCCAAAGAUUAAAACAGACAAUGGAUGCUGGCAAACUGGUGAGUGAUGAGAUGGUCGUCGAGCUCAUCGAGAAGAACCUGGACACUCCUGCCUGCAAAGAAGGAUUUCUGUUAGAUGGUUUUCCUCGCACAGUCAGACAAGCAGAAAUGUUGGAUGAGCUGCUUGAAAAACGUGCAGAGAAGCUGGACUCUGUUGUCGAGUUCAGUGUAGAGGACUCUCUUCUUGUGCGCAGGAUCUGUGGAAGGCUUAUUCAUCAACCCAGUGGCCGUUCGUACCAUGAGGAGUUUAAUCCACCCAAGGAACCAAUGAAGGACGAUGUAACUGGGGAGCCUCUGAUUCGUCGUAGUGAUGAUAAUGAGACGACGCUGCACUCGAGGCUGGAGGCCUAUCACAGACAGACAGCCCCCCUGGUGCAGUACUAUAGCGCACGUGGUAUACACCGUGCCAUCGACGCUGCUCAGUCACCCGACAUUGUCUUUGCCUCCAUCCUUGCUGCCUUCUCAGCCGCCACCUGUAAAGACCUUGUGUUUUUCAUCUAAACAUUUUCUCCAUCCCUGUCUUUCCUUAGUGUGUCUAUCUCUUUUUCAUGGAAAGGUUUGAUUCCACCUUUAAGGAAAAUGCUGCACUUGAGUGUGAGUUUACCAGCUUAGGGUCGUCUGAAAGCAUGAUGUCGAGUUGUCACAACUGUGCCUGUGGAAACAUGACGGCUUUGACAACGAUCUUUUUUUUUUUUUUUCUCUCUUGCGUUACACACCAUGGCACAUGUGGAUUUUAUGUCUGUGGAGUAGGAAGUGCUUAAUGGUGGCAUGUGUUCAUACAUGGUAUGUAUCUUGUUGCAAAGUGAGAACAAAGUAUGCACAGUUUCAGAGGCUUUCGACAUUUGUGUCCAAGCAACCAGCCAGAAAAAAAAACCCAUACACACGCAUACCAGAGGAUGUUGUUUUUCUCAGAAAUCUUUCACUAAGUCAGCAUGACCAAUCUGUCACUUUCGUUCUAACCCCUAAUACCAAUCUUCCUGAUUGUCACAGUGCUGCAUGUUUAUGCUGCAAGUCUAUAAUUUGAUAUUUAGCUACUCAUUUUUGUUUGAUUCUUUUAACACUUUGUAAGCAGACCUUUUAGACAUUUGCUUGCAUUAUUUAAAAUAAAACCGCUCUUGCUUUAGUUGUCCUUUGUCCUUGUAAUUCUCCUCAUGUCCACCUGGUGGCACAUGGAUUUAAUAUUUUUGUGUACUGCAUCCUGCAGUGGAGGAAAAAAAAUAAUUUUCCCCUUUUUUUUGCAUCCAUGUGAAUAUUUCAUUUACUUGAGCCAUUUUUUUUCUUUACAGCUGUUUGAAACCUGCUUCCUCCAUCCAGUCUGAGCCUGAUGAGACAAGGGGGCAGUGUCUAUAACAUAAAUGUAUUCAUGCUUAUGACGGUAUGCUUUUAUUUUGUAUGGUUCACCAACAUUAGAAACACACUGUAAUGACCCUGACCGUGCUUCAUUUGAAAUAAAAGGCGAUAUUUUACUGA